CGGAAGCGCGGGGUCCUUCCGCCGCCGGUGCCGCCGCAGCAUGGCCGCCGUGCCGCCCGACUCCUGGCAGCCGCCCACCGUUUCCAUGGAGACCACGAUGGGCCCACUCGUGCUGGAACUGUACUGGCAACAUGCUCCCCGUACCUGCAAGAACUUUGCUGAGCUGAGCCGCCGCGGGUACUACAACGGCACCAAGUUCCAUCGCAUCAUCAAGGACUUCAUGGUGCAGGGAGGCGAUCCCACGGGUACCGGCCGUGGUGGUGCCUCCAUCUAUGGGAAACAGUUCGAGGACGAGCUGCACCCUGACCUGAAGUUCACUGGUGCCGGGAUCCUGGCAAUGGCCAAUGCAGGGCCAGACACCAAUGGAAGCCAAUUUUUCCUGACCCUGGGCCCAGCACAGUGGCUGGAUGGGAAGCACAGCAUUUUCGGGAGGGUAUGCCAAGGAAUGGGGGUGCUGGGGCGCCUAGCCAUGGUGGAGACCAACUCCCAGGACCGACCCCUCGACGAUGUCAAGGUCAUCAAGGCGUAUCCCUCGGGGUAGGGGGUGGGGGGUACCCUCUCCAAAUUGUACUGCUCGUUUGUAAUAAAAAAGGUUGGAUGUGG